UUCAUGACAUGAUAACUACCAUAAUAUACUUGUGGUCACUUUUCACAAAUCACUCUAUGCAGGAUUUUCAUUCAUAUACUCUGAACAUAGAGAACUAUUCUGCAUCAUUCCAUUUUCCCCAUGGUGAAUAUUGCAACUUGUUUAUCUGGAACUGCAACUUGCACAUAAAUUUGCUCAUACCACACUCCUUUUUUCUCUCUGUUAUAUAACUUUGAUUUAUGCACUUGUCAAAUUUCAGCUCCUGCACCGCUAGGAAAGACCCAUGUUCCAGAUUUAGAAUGGAAGGUUCAUGACUUCUCAGCGCUAGUUGAGACGAAAGCUAUCUCGGCAUUAUCUCCUCCUUUUCACUGCUCUGGGUACAAGUGGUUCCUGCAAGUGAACCCUAAGCACAAACAAGAUGAUAAAGGAAAUCAAUAUGUUGCUCUUUCUCUCGGGAUAUCCCCUGUAUGCUUGGAGCUAGGUCACACAGUGCAUGCAGAGUUUGAGUUGUCAAUAUUCAAGCAUUCAAAAGGAAUGUAUUGUGGAUCCAAAGGUAGACUUAUGAACCUGUUUUUUCACGUACAUCCAUCCUAUUUCCCCGCAAAAAAAAUAAAAUAAAAUCCAUCCUAUUAGCUGGGUCCAUAGUCUUAGUGCAUCACAAGUUUAAUGUCGUAACAUGAUCAAUUACUUUUCCCGUUAACAAGUCGCUUCAUAUUUUCUUCACUGUUAAGUUUAUCACUGUGAGUCACACUUGAGACUCUUCUGAUUCGACCAGUGUUCAUAUGCAUGUUGUCUUUUACUUUGAUAAUCUUUAUUUUGAUGGAUUUCACUACUUUGAUCUCUCCUUUAAUGCUUAACUGGGGUGAAAGUUGAUUAUAUGUUUUUUCGAGGUUAAAAGUUUAUUAUAUGUUAUUUGAGAUAUAUUGAAGUUUUUAUUUCUCUAAUUUUUAACUUUUACCUAAACACAGCUAACUACAACUUCGAUGUCAAGAAUACCUACUCAAACAAGGAAUGCUUGAUUCCUCUUGAGGAGCUACUGAAAUCAUCUACUUUUCUAGUUGAUGAUAGCUGUGUCUUUGGUGCGAAGAUAUUAAAAAUUGAUGUCUCUUCUCCUGAAAAGAAGGUUGUCGUGGUUCAGAAGAAGGCUACCACAGUUCAGAACCUCUUUGUCCAGAAGAAGGGAUUCAUCAAAGGGACAUACACUUGGACCAUGGACAAUUUCCUAGAGUUGGACUCUCAGCGUCCUGUCCGUUCUCCUACGUUUGAAGUUGGCGGACAAAAAUGGUACAUCGGCAUGCAUCCGCGUGGUAACAGGAGCAGCACUGAUUGCCUCACCUUGGGCUUGUACCUGGAUUCUUCGGAUGAGCUCUUUAUCGAGUCUAGGAAGGUGGUUCAAAUCAGUCUGUCUAUCCUGGACCAAAAGAAUGGGAAAUACUUCACUAAAACUACAGGUCUCUUGGUGUAUACAUGUCCAGAAGGCUGGGUAUUGUCCAACUUCUUGCCACUCAAGGAACUCAAUGAUAUGUCCAGAGGCUAUCUUAUAGAAUCAAAGUGCGUCCUCAAGGCAGAUCUCACUAUCUUUGGAUCAUCCAUUGACGGCUAGAUCUUUUCCCUGUGGCUUAAUGGAGAGUUAAUGCGCCUUCAUCCUACUACUAGUUAGAGUUAUACAUAUGAGAUAGUGUUGCUGAUUUGUUUGAUGUUCUUAUAUGGUACUUAUUAAAGAUGAACUAGUUCACACGAAGUUGAGAAAUGAUUUCUAUGUAUAUUACCUUUAAUUUUAUUUUUUGAGGAAUCUAAUAUAUUGUUUGCAAGUA